AUGUCGACCGCCAGUCCAGACCACGUCAGUGUCGACAAUCCCAAUAGUUCCAGGAAGAUGGAUGAGUCCAUCAUCCCAGCACGCGAUCCUGAAAAGGUCGACUUGUCGGAAGAGACCACGGAUGAGGAAGCCUCGGCUCCUCCCCUCCAACAACGAUGGAACCAAUCCGCCACAAACAUCUUCCGCUUUCUCGGCACCAUAUACGCCUUCAUCCUCAUGGGUAUGACUGACGGCGCUGUCGGUGCCCUUCUUCCCUACAUCGAAACAUACUAUUCCAUCUCCUACACCGCCGUCUCCCUUGUCUUCCUGUCUCCCUUCAUAGGGUACACCCUUGCAGCACUCAGCAAUUCACUGGUCCACCACCACUUCGGGCAAGUUGGUAUCGCCGUCCUCGGUCCCGUUUGUCGUCUCAUUGGUAUCAUUCCGCUUGUCUUCCACCCGCCCUAUCCCGUUCUGCCAGUCGUCCUAGCUUUCACCGGCUACGGUAAUGGCAUCGAAGACAGUGCUUGGAACGCCUGGAUAGGCAAUAUGCACAACGCCAAUGAGCUUCUCGGUCUUCUUCACGGCGCUUACGGUCUAGGCGCCACCAUCGGACCCUUGAUUGCGACAGCGAUGGUGACCAAGGGAGGAUUGGAGUGGUACACGUUUUACUAUGUGAUGAUUGGUCUGGAUGGUGUCGGUCUCGUAUUUCUAACGGCGGCAUUCUGGAGGGCGACGGCCAAGCUAUACAGAGCUCAGUUUUUAGAUACCACUGGUGGAAAGAGAACCACGACUCGAACAGUGCUCAAAGAACCCAUUACUUGGAUCCUCGCCAUGUUCCUGCUUGGGUAUGUAGGCGCUGAGGUGUCGCUGGGAGGGUGGAUCACGACGUUUAUGUUGCGAGUCCGCAAUGCUGAACCUUUUCUGGCUGGUCUGACUGUUACUUUCUUCUGGCUUGGAUUGACAGUGGGACGGGUGGUGUUGGGUUUUGUCACAGGGAGGAUAGGAGAAAAGCUUGCCAUCACCAUCUAUCUGGUGCUCUCGAUUGUGAUGCAAGUCCUCUACUGGACUGUACCCAACUUCGCGGCAUCGGCAACCUUUGCGACGUUCUUGGGUUUCUUCUUGGGUCCGUUAUUUCCGGCGGCGAUUGUGGCGGCGACAAAGUUGCUGCCGAGCGAUUAUCAUGUUUCAGCGAUUGGAUUUGCUGCAGCAUUCGGCGGAGGGGGCGCGGCACUGUUCCCGUUUGCGGUGGGGGCCAUCGCUCAGAGUAAGGGGGUGGAAGUGUUGCAGCCGAUCUGUCUGGCGAUUCUCAUUUUCAUCUUGUUGAUGUGGUGGUUCUUGCCUGGUGGGCUGAAACCAGGCGGGCUGGAGAAGGCGAGGGAGGAGGGCGAGAAGGUCGGAGAUGGGAUGAGAAAGGUCAUCAAGAAGGUGACGAGGAAACGGAAUUAG